AUGUCCUCAGUAACGCCUACGACCAAAAAGUCCAUUUCCAAAGAUGAGUGGGAGCAAAGAUUGAACAAGGUCAAAAUCAACAAGCAAGAUUUGAAUCGACUCGUUAUGAACUACUUGGUUAUUGAAGGAUACAAAGAUGCAGCAGAGCAAUUCAGCUUGGAAAGUGGACUUGAGCCUACUAUCGACCUUGAAUCUAUACAAGAAAGGAUGGAGAUUCGUCAUGCUAUUCAGUCUGGAGACGUGGAUACAGCUAUAGAACUUGUUAAUGAUGUGAAUCCAGAGAUUCUCGAUGACAACCCAGAGCUCUUUUUCCAUUUGCAGCAACAACGAUUGAUUGAAAUGAUACGUAAAGGUGAAUAUCCAGAGGCACUCGAGUUUGCAGCAGAGGAGAUGGCGCCUCGUGGAGAAGAACAUCCCGAAUUCCUUCAAGAACUAGAACGAACGAUGGCAUUGCUUGCAUUUCAAAACAUCAAUGAUUCCCCUGUGGCUGAUCUGUUACACCCCAAUCAACGACAAAAGACAGCAAGUGAACUUAAUGCAGCUAUUCUUAUUAGUCAAUCUCGUGAAAAGGAUGCCAAAUUACCAAUGCUUCUCAAGACGUUAGCGUGGAGCCAAGAGAAAUUGGAUGAGCGUAUGGUGUAUCCAAGGAUUGAGGAUUUUGUUUCUGCUGAUUUAGUUGUACGAGAUAGCCAGGGCAAUGUAGUAGAUGAUGCUAUUGAUUCUUCCUCUUCUGCCAUUCUGUAA